AUGACAUCUGGCUUUCCAAUGAGCAGAUGGCUCAUGGUACUCAUCUAUCUGACUUACUACCCUUUCAUGGGCGUCAGUUAUAUGGUAUCGGGUCCGUCCAUGCUUUAUAAAAAGCACAAAGCAAAAAAGGCCAUUAGACCUUUACCACGCGGUCGCAAACGUGCGUUGACCCUUCCACUUCCCAAGUCGUCCUCGCAUUGGCACUGGAAGGGUGUUUGUAUGCGCCAGAGGUCAUUUGACCAACUGCAAUCUCCAUUCUUCCGACUACCUCCAAACUUGCGACAACUUAUAUAUCGGCAAAUAAUUGUGCCUUCUGACGGCGCCGAUCUUCAUGUAGGCAUCACAAGCUACCGACUGUGCGGCAUCCCUUGUAGUGAGCCUGAUUCCCCACGGGGGUGGCAGCAUAACUGCUGGGAGCCUACCGACCGGGGAGGCCGCUCGGUCGACCAAGGUGAUCCUUCUGAUUCUUCUUCCAGAGGGUUCUUUGGGCUUUUGCAAUCUUGUAGGAGAAUGUAA